AUGGACGAAAACCUCAAGAAGCUUCCUGGAUUCCAUCCGCUUCCAACACGACCAGUCACACCGAACCCACACACUGCCAACGCCUCUCCCACACCAGAACCAGCAUUCACCAUCAACUCCCUUACCCCAGACCCAAUGCAUCGUCACUCAUCCAUUCAUCAUUUACCAUCAUCACCUCCCCCGCCGCCGCCCCCCAGCGGCUUAUGCACAACCCCCUCAGCCGACCACUCCGGCCGCUUCCCCAUCACCCAGAGCACGGCCGCGGCCGCGUUCCCGACGAGUCACGAGGGCGACUUGGCCAUGGGGGGGUACUCCUUGCCGCCCUUCUCGACCUUGGGCUCGCAGGCGCACCGCUCCUCCUCCGGGAUGGUGUCCAUCACCAUCGGGACGUGGGCGCCGCAGCCCCACCACGUCGCCUUCUCUGUGUAUAUUGUUGUUAGUAGGUGA